AGUAGUAGGUAUGCCGAUAGCGCAGCGGACAGUAGAGCCCACACUGGUAUGUCAGAGCAGAGGUAUAACAACCAACAUGCCUCCCUCCCUUCCCUCCACUUCUCUUAUCGCGCUCACUUCUAUCAUCAGACAGCUGAGUACCCUGUCUAAAUAUGCAGACGAGAUGUUUGGAGAUGUGUUUAACGAGGCAAGCAAGUACGUGUACAGAAGUAAUAAGUUAGAGGAAAGGGUGGCAGCACUGGCUCAGGCUCUUCAGGAGAGGAAAGAGGACGAGACUGUUGCGUUACCAGACGUGCCGGCUCCAGUGCAGGAGAAGCCUGAACAACACAUUCUUAACGUGUAUAUUCCACGUGCCCUGAAGGAGAAAUACCACGAGUGUGACAGACCACCCCCACUAGGAGUAUUCGCUAGAUUGAGGUCAGAUGGGCGAGAUGGAUGUCCCUGUACACGGACCCAACCCUCUUCUUCAGACAAUGGCUCUACAACAUGAACCGGGAGGCUAAUGUUCUCCGGAACCCUAAAAAGAAGAGAGUGAGAAGAAGCAGGAGUUCUAUUAAACCAGGACAGGCCCUGUACAUAGCACCUCCCUCCGCCUCUCCCCCUCCCCCACUUUCCUACCCAGUCUACGAAAACAGGGAUCUGGUAGACCAACCUGACGAGGAUGAGGAGGAAAACCUUUACGAGAUGCUGCCUGAUCAGGAAAACUCGCCGCCUCCCCACCAGAGUUCCCCACAACAGGCUCCCUUCGAACAGAACACCUCGAUACACUUCAACCAACAAGUCCACUGUAACCAGUCCUACCAGUUCAACCAGUCCGGUCACUUCGCCAGCUCCCCCCAACAUCAACCCUCCAGCCCUUACCAACCAGCCCUCACCAGCCCUCCUCACCAGGUUCCUAACGCAGAACUAAACGUGUCCGCGCACGACCAGCACGCGCUAGCGCACGAACAGCACGGCUCGGUUACAACCUCAGAGGAAGUUCCUUCAGAGCAUGGGAACUCCUUCCAGAGGAACAGAAGCUAUGAUUUGUCAAUGCAGUUUGAGAGGCAAGGAGAUGAGUUUCACAACAGUUUACUACAAUUGGAGAAUAAUAGAUUACAGUUUGAUAACAGUAGUCCAAGUCGGCAGUAUACUGAUUCUCCUCAGUUAGAUUCCAGGACUCAACCUCGACACUUUAAUGACCAAUACGGCCAUCUAGAAGAUGCAGUGUUACCUGUACAGAACUCUCUUACAUCACUUAGCCUUGAUACACACGGUAACAGGCAGCAACAGUCAGAAUGGCAAGGCUCAAAUCAGAUUUACGAUAAUCACCGACUUCAGCAGCCGGCAGGAUUACAGCCCUCUGUACACAGUGGAGGAAUCCAAAGAUUUCCAUCUGAUCCUACGACACGCCAUUCUCCCUGGACGACUUACCACCGCCACCUGAGGAUUUACUCGAUACAUUGGACCAUUCUGUCAGCCCAUUUCCUACUUCUACUACACCUUAUAAACAAAUACCAGCUGCCCCGUCACCUCCACAAGACUACUACGACCACUCCAUCACGAGUUGUUACGUCAACCCCCGAUAUCAGAGCACAGUAUCCAGCACGCUUCACCUCUCAGUAAUCUUUCUCCUGUCAUAAACCAGCUUGAGAGGAGUCUAAACAAGCAGCCAGCCAGGACGCCGUCACCGGCCCCGCAAUUAGAUUUGUUGGCUGCCAUACGAUCGGGGAUAAAUCUACGACCUAUGAAGAAAGAGAAAGAGCCUAGUCCUCCCGCAGCUACACUGUUCCACGACGUUGCCUCAAUCUUACAACGCAGAAAGUUCCUUAUGGGUGACAUGGGCGAUGGGACCAGUGAUAGUGAAAGUGAAAGUGAUGGUGAAUGGGAUGAUGAAGACAACAGCUGGAAUUAAGAGUCACAGAGAGUCAUCCGUUGGUUUUGCUGUUAGGAAUUAAGUGUUCUUUGAUGAAAUCGUUGAGAGAAACUUGGAGAUGAGGUAAACUUGGAGAUUAUAGUCCUCGAACUGAAAUUGUUAUAAUAAAGAUCUAUAAAGAUCUAUGAUAAUAUUAUAUAAGAUCUAUGAAAAUAUAUAAGUUCGAAUAUAUGUAAAAUUUUUAAAUAUGUAUUUGUUUGUUUGUUUACUCUUCUUUUCACUUAUUUACAAAUUAUUUGCCUUGCACAGAUGUGUUCAAACAGUUCAUGGCUUAUUAAGUAACUUCUGUAUGUUUUAAUUACGACAUUUAUCUUAUUUUAAGUUGCCUUACAUUUGAAGUUCUGAUCACUCAUCGCCUGGAAUUUUAAUCUUUAACCGAAUGAUUCCACAAUUUUCAAAUUUGAUUUUAUAUACUGGUUGAUCAUUAUAUAAAAUACAAUUAUUGAUAAUUGCUGCUUAUGAAUUUAAGAAAGUUUAUUAUCAGAUUGUAUACGAAUUUUAACAGAUUCAUUUAUGAGGGAAUUUCAUUGGGUUUUAUCAUCAAUUUAGUUCAUCAAUUUCUGAGGAACAUUUAAUAAGUUUUUUCUGUAUUUUAGUAGCUAUUUGCACUUUGAAUAUAAAGUUAUAUUGGUAACGUGAUAUCAUCUAAAUUUUAAUGCUACGAAAAGAAAUUAUAAUUUACAUGAUACUUUAGAUUAAAUGUUAUUUGUCGAGUUUGAUUGUAUUCUGUGGUUUGAACUUCUGUUUUAUAAAAGUAAAACAAUAUUACAUUGAAGUGUUUUUAAUCUCAAAAUAGAAUUAGCUAAUUAAUUACAGUAAACUAAGUCGAC